AGAUCUAGUUGUGGCUCCCCCCUCGAGGGCGAGGACGCCAGUCGACGCCGGGCGUCCCGAGCGUGCAGCAGCAAGCACGACGCGUGUAUUUACGAGAACGUUUCAUUCUUCGACCGUCGCGUUUAAAUAACCGAUUUUAAAAUCGUUCCAAUUCGCAAAGAAUUCAUUCGUUCAUUCUAAUAAUCGAAAUAAUUCAACUCGAUUCUACGACUAGUCGUCGUAUUUCAAAGCCUUUCGAAAAUCUUGGGAUUUUUAUCGAUCGAUCGAUCGAUCGGUCGAUCGAUCGAUCCUCAAAUUUUCAUUUCGUAUUUAGGUGCUUUCCCAUUCCUAAUAGUUCUUAGGAUGCCUGGGACGGACGUGAUCUUUUACAAAAUUGUGUGAAAUUAUAAGAAAAAGGUAGAGAGAGAGAGAGAGAGAAAGAGAGAGAGAGAGAGAGAAAGAGAGAGAGUGAGAGAGAGAGUGAGAGAGAGAGAGAGAGAAAGAAAGAAAGAAAGACCAUUUGAGAUCGUAAGGUGAUCGAUCGCUCGUUUAUGUUUUUUUUGCUUUUUUUAUUUCGUGCGAAAGAGAAGAUAAUAUAUAGAUAAAAGUACGAGAAAAAAAGAUUAUAAAGAAAUAGAAUAAAAUGGAAGCUCGUUAUUAUUAUUACGACGAUCGUUCUUCCAUCAGUUCUUCACGGCCAUGCUCGAAGUUUCACGAAAGAAGACGCGAGAGAUCAAGGAUCGAAAUCGGUGCUAAGAAGAAAGCUUUUACCUUCGAUCGGAUCGAAGAAAAAAGAGAGGUCGCGAUGCCUGAACUCAGAGACUUCGAUGGUGAACGGCUCGCGUGUGAAUGCCGACCGGAAUCUUCUGCCGUAUUGACGAGUGACGCGUACGCGGGUGAUGAAGAUAAUGAUCUACAAAUCUCUAAUUCUUCGUCUUCUACUACUAUUACUACUACUACUACUACUACUACUACUACUACUACUACUACUUUCAUCGAUACAUCAUUUUCAUCGCUUCGUCGUAUCAAGAAGAAGAGAAGUUUCCCGAUUUAUAUUCUACCAAGGAUGGCCACACUUUUUAUCUUCUUCGUUUGCAUUCUCAUGCAGGAUGGACAGUCAACUUACGCGGCAUUCACAACCGUUACCACUGCACGAGAUCCUGAGUUCAUCUCUGAAAUAGGAAAUAUCACGGUACCGGCAGGACGUAACGUUAAACUGGCAUGCAGCGUGAAGGAUUUGGGUACGUUCAAGGUGGCCUGGAUGCUCUUCGACAAGAGCGCCAUUCUGACGGUACAGAAUCACGUUAUUACCAGGAACCCGAGAAUAUCUGUGUCGCACGACGAACAUACAACCUGGUACCUACAUAUCAAUAACGUGCACGAGGAUGACAAGGGAAAAUACAUGUGCCAGAUUAAUACGGCUGCGGCCAAAACACAAUAUGGAUAUUUGCAUGUUGUUGUUCCACCGAAUAUCGACGACUCGCAGAGUUCCUCAGAUGCGAUUGUACGAGAAGGUGCAAACGUAACUUUGACGUGCAAAGCAACCGGAAGUCCAAUGCCCAGCAUUCGUUGGAAAAGAGAUGACAAUUCGAAGAUCACGAUCAAUAAAAGUCUCUCCGUGCUCGAAUGGGUGGGAGAGACGCUAGAAAUGGAGCGCAUUUCUCGACUAGACAUGGGCGCUUAUCUCUGCAUCGCUAGCAAUGGUAUUCCGCCUACGGUCAGCAAGCAGAUCAAGGUGUCCGUUGAUUUUCCCCCUAUGCUCUCAAUACCGCACCAAUUGGUUGGCGCGCCCUUAGGUUACUCCGUCAAGUUGGAAUGCUAUACCGAAGCUCAUCCGACUUCUUUAAAUUAUUGGACCAGAGAGGACAAGCACAUGAUUCACGAUAGCGGCAAAUACAAGGUCGUUUCUACCCCUGAGGUGCCAUCUUAUAAGACCCAUAUGACCCUCGAAAUUUAUGACAUUCAGAUGGAGGAUUACGGUGCUUACAAGUGCGUAGCGAAAAAUCCACGGGGCAAUACCGACGGCGUCAUUCGGCUGUACAAAUCACCACCACCGAGCACCAGUCCAAGCCCGUCGACCACUGAGAUUCCUAGAAAAGAUUGGGAACCGAUAACGGAGCUGAACAAUUCCGUUUAUGCGAAUCCAAACUCAUUGACGAUUCACAACGAGAAGAGUAUGAAAAUGAGAAACAAGUUUCAGUCGAACUUAAACGAGAUCGGAAAGUCGGAACAAAAGUCGAGCGACUUGGACAGGAAAAGGAAUUACAAUUGGCCUCCUGACGACAACGAUGCCGCAGUAUGCGUCGGGACGACAGGUGCGGCGAUAACACUGAGCCUAAUCAUGACGACGAUUAUUCGAUAAGUUCGAAACUGCAAAAGGGACCUCCGACGUCCGCUUAUUCUGUAAUUAUGAACUACGUUAAACAGAGGAAAUAAAAUAAAAUAAAGAGUUAACAAGAAAAACGAAAAGAAAAAAACAACAAAAAAAGAAAAAAAAAAGAAGAAAGAAAGAAAAAAGAAAAACACGUACACGCGAGAUUAGAGACCCAAAUACACAUACACAUAGAAAUACACAGACAUGAUUGUACACGAAAAAGGCAUAAAGACUGACCGAGUAGUUAGUGUCGUAUAAAAAAAGAAAAGAAAAGAAAAGAAAAGAGAAAAAAAAUACAGAAGAAGAAGAAGAAGAAGAAGAAGAAGAUGAAAAAGAAAAAUCAAUGUGUAACGAGACGAAAGGACGUAGGUGUGAAAUUUAUUAUGAAAUUUGAUUAUGCGUGUCGAGAAAUAAGUGCAAACGAGAUAAGUGCGACGAGGGGAAGAUGAAAAAUUAAAAGAAAAAAAAAAAAAACAACAAAAGAAAAAAGACAAAAAAACAAAAAAAAAACAAAA